CGGUCACGCGGCCCCGAGGACAAGGUCGCCCGCCUCCGGGCUGCAGCGGGCAGAGCGCGAUGGCGCUGUGGGUGCGGACUCCGAUUCCAGUGCUCGGGCGCUGGGUCCUUGGAAUGUUUCAGGGGGACGAAAGUUCAUCUGCUCGUCUGCCCGCGCUUCAAGCUUCUUUGGAAGUGGCGGUGACAAGAAGGAGGAGAAGCUGUCCCUAGAGGACAUAGCGAAGCUGAUCCAGACCAGAGCGUGCCAGAAGGUGGUGGUCAUGGUGGGGGCGGGCAUCAGCACGGCCAGCGGCAUUCCAGACUUCAGGUCUCCAGAGAUUGGGCUUUAUAGCAAGCUCCAGAAAUACGACAUCCCUUACCCUGAGGCCAUUUUUGAACUCAAUUUCUUCUUUCACAACCCCAAGCCCUUUUUCGCCCUGGCCAAGGAGCUAUACCCUGGGAACUAUCGGCCUAAUGCCACACACUACUUUUUCCGGCUGCUCCAUGACAAGGGGCUGCUCCUGCGGCUAUAUACACAGAACAUCGAUGGGCUGGAGAGAGUGGCUGGCAUCCCUCCUGCAAAGCUGGUUGAAGCUCACGGAACCUUUGCCACUGCCACCUGCACCGUCUGCCACAACCAGUUCCCCAGUCAGGACUUCUGGACUGAUGUGCUAGCAGACCGGAUCCCCCACUGCCCAGUCUGUACUGGCAUCAUCAAACCCGACAUUGUGUUUUUUGGGGAGCAGCUGCCACAGAGGUUCUUGCUGCAUGUGACUGAUUUCCCCAUGGCAGAUCUUCUCAUCAUCCUUGGGACCUCCCUGGAGGUGGAACCUUUCGCCAGUUUGUCUGAGGCUGUGUGGAGCUCAGUACCCCGACUGCUCAUCAACAAGGACUUGGUGGGGUCCUUUGCUUGGGGUCCCCGAAGCAAAGAUGUGAUGCUGCUGGGAGAUUUGGUUCAGAACGUGGAAAAGCUGGCGGAACUUCUGGGAUGGACGGAAGAGCUGCGGAGCCUUGUCCAGCAGGAAACUGGGAAGUUCAACAGAUAGCACAGAUGAGAUUGAUGGCUACCUUCCCUGUCCCCACAAAUGGGGCCACAGUUCAUUUCUGAGAUCUCAUCCCUGAAGAACAUGUGGGAAGGUACUUAACUCGACUGGAUCCGCUCCCCAGACAUGAGAACCAGAGUUCUGCAUGGGAGGAAGG